AUGUCACUCUUCAGUUGUCCAUCUGCACCGCUUAUGCUACGUGUUGUUGUGUUCUUGGGUGCUGAGUGCUGGGUAUGGGUCACUUCUGUGCAAAGAAAAUGUACAUGUCCUAUAAGUAAGGCAACAAAAACUGAUAAAAUUUGUGAUUGCUACCAUUAUCAUUUUGCUCGUUCAUUGAUAGGUCAGUCAGGAUAUUUACGAAAAACAGUGGUCGCUCAAGGCAAACGCAAUUGGCAACCGCUCAAAGACUGUCCAGUGACUCCUUCAUGUCUCCUACCUAAUUGCUUCUGCUCAAGAUCCGGAUUGGAGAUUCCCAAUGGAUUAUUGGCAAGAGAUGUGCCACAAAUAAUUAUAUUAACAUUCGAUGGUCCGAUAACCGAUCGAGCAUUUGUCGUAUACAAAUCACUGUUCAGUGGGAAGUAUCGGAAUCCAAACGGUUGUCCCAUAAAAGGUACUUUUUUUGUGUCCAGUGAAUGGAAUAACUAUGAUCAAACCCAAUGGUUAAUAAGUAAUGGCCACGAAGUCGCUGUGAAUUCCAUUACACAUCGAAAUUUGAGUGAUGAGACUGUGGAACGUUGGGAGAAAGAAAUGGUUGGCAUGCGUGAUGCACUACGACAUUUUAGCUAUGCAAACGCAGCAGACAUUACUGGUGUACGAGCGCCGCAACUCGAGCUAGGAGGCGACAAUCAAUUUGAUAUGAUGGAAAAGUAUGGCUUUCUUUAUGAUAAUACAAUGAGUGUAAGCGGUGGACCAUAUUGGCCACAAACAUUGGCAUAUAGUACAGCUUGGAAGUGUUCAUCAAGUUUCUGUCCGAAAAAUGCCCACCCAAAUGUUUGGGAAAUACCGAUAAAUCGCUUCACUGUAUUGGGCUUACAAAAAGAAUUCACAAUGUUGAAAGAAGCUGUCCGUCGUGACGAUUCUCCUUGGGAUGUUGCGGAGAUGCUGGAAAUGAAUUUCAAUCGUUCAUACAAUUACAACAGAGCUCCGUAUCUGUUAACUGCUGACAUUAAUUUCCUCAAUGCAUUACCAAAUGAAGGAGCCAUCAUUGCCCUCAAAUUAUUUAUCGAGAAAAUAUCAAAAAACUCAGAUGUAUAUUUUGUAACAGCUACGCAGGCAUUGAAGUGGAUUAAACAACCAACACGUUUAUUACAUAUUCAUAGCUUUGAACCGUGGCAGUGUAAUGUGCCAUUUAAGAACAACAUGACUACUUGUGAGACUCCAUCCAGUUGUUCAUUUACUUGCAACAGCGAAACUCGCAUUCUACGUAUAUGUGGUACUUGUCCGCAAGUGUAUCCAAAUCUUGGUGAUCCUACUGGCACUGGAAAUUCAACCGCCGAUCGAUAA